AUUUGUAUUUCCACUUCAAACAGAAACGAACCGUCUUUCUUUCUCUCUCUUCUGUUCUCUCUGUGUUAAAGGUCAAAACUCAUAAAGCCAUCAUCAUCAACAACAACCACCACGAACGACUCCCCCAAACGACGUCGUUUUUAGUCUUCUUCUUUUUUGCCUCAAUUUCUUCGCCGGAUUCUUAUGCUAUUUCCGAUCGCUUGGUCGACGGGGACCAUUCUCCCGGUAACUUCCCGGUUGCUGGUUAACUUAAACAAGGUCUUACUAUCUGACUAUGAAGAACAACCAUAACAAGGCUAAUAAUAACUCCAAUUCCAGCAAUGGCUUUCUUCCCAAUUCUUUGAGAUUCAUUUCUUCUUGUAUUAAGACCGCAUCUUCCGGUGUUCGCUCAGCCAGCGCCUCCGUCGCUGCUUCUAUUUCCGGCGACCCAAACGCCCAUAAAGACCAGGUGCUGUGUGCUUGCGUUGACAAGCUAGAGCUUGGUCCAUCUUUUGUUAAACAUGUUCUCUUACUCGGCUAUUCCAAUGGUUUUCAAGUCCUGGAUGUGGAAAAUGCCUCCAAUGUCGGUGAACUCGUUUCGAAACGCGAUGAUCCAGUUACAUUUUUGCAGAUGCAGCCUCGCCCUGCAAAAUCCAAGGAUGAUGAAGGAUUCACAGCAUCACAUCCUUUACUUUUGGUUGUUGCAUGUGAUGAGUCACAAAGCUCAGGUCUGAUGCAAAAUGGGAGAGAUGUGUUGGCCAGAAAUGGUUAUAGUGAACAUCAAAUUGGAAACCCUAUUUAUUCUCCAACUGCUGUUCGGUUUUACUCACUGAGGUCUCACAAUUAUGUCCAUGUAUUGAGAUUUCGCUCAACUGUGUAUAUGGUUCGAUGCAGUCCACAAAUAGUGGCUGUUGGUCUUGCAUCACAAAUAUAUUGCUUCGACCCGGUCACUCUUCAGAGUAAAUUUAGUGUCCUCACUUACCCAGUCCCACAGUUGGGAGUCCAAGGAAUGGUUGGGGCCAAUAUUGGCUAUGGGCCCAUGGCCGUUGGUCCAAGAUGGUUGGCUUAUGCUUCAAAUAACCCACUGCAGUCAAAUGUGGGACGGCUAAGUCCACAGAGUCUUACUCCACCUGGUGUCAGUCCAUCAACAUCACCCAGCAAUGGAAGUUUGAUGGCUCGAUAUGCUAAGGAAUCUAGCAAGCAAUUAGCUGCUGGGAUAUUAAAUUUGGGUGACAUGGGUUAUAAAACUUUGUCUAAAUACUAUCAAGAACUUGUACCCGACGGUUCUGGCUCGCCUGUUCCAUCAAAUUGUAGCUGGAAAGUAGGUCGUGGGCAUUUGACAGAAUCAGAUAUUGCUGGAAUGGUUGUCGUGCAAGAUUUUACAUCAAAAGCUAUUGUUUCACAGUUUAGAGCUCACACCAGUCCAAUUUCUGCUCUUUGUUUUGACCCAAGUGGAACACUUCUUGUUACGGCCUCAAUUCAUGGCAACAAUAUCAACAUUUUUCGAAUUAUGCCUUCCUGCUCACACAUGGGUUCAGGCACUCAAAAUUAUGACUGGAGCACUUCUCAUGUGCAUCUUUACAAGCUUCAUCGAGGCAUGACAUCUGCUGUAAUUCAGGAUAUUUGUUUUAGUCAAUAUAGCCAAUGGGUUUCCAUUAUUACUUCCAGGGGGACCUCACAUAUUUUUGCUCUUUCUCCCUUUGGUGGUGAGGCUGUUCUUCAAGUACAUAAUUCUCCUGCCGAUGGGCCUACUCUAUUACCAAUUCUGUCUUUACCCUGGUGGUCUAGUUCAUCUUUCACCGUGAAUAAGCAAUCUUUUUCUCCACCACCACCACCUGUAACCCUUUCUGUUGUUAGCAGAAUAAAAAACAACAGUUCUGGUUGGCUGAAUACUGUUAGUAAUGCUGCAUCAUCAGCAGCAGGAAAGAUGCUCUUGCCUUCUGGGGCUAUGACUGCUGUAUUUCAUAGUUGUGUGCCUCAUGAUUUGCAACCUGGCCAUGCUAAGGUGAAUUCUUUGGAGCGUCUGUUGGUUUAUGCUCCAUCUGGUCAUGUAAUUCAAUAUAAUUUACUUCCAUCAGUGGGGGGAGAGUCAACUGAAUCUGCUUCAAGAACUGGGCCGGGUUCUUCCCUUCAGAUGCAGGAUGAUGAAUUGAGAGUGAAAGUGGAACCUGUUCAGUGGUGGGAUGUUUGUCGAAGGACUGAUUGGCCUGAAAGAGAAGAAUGCAUUUCUGGGAUUACAUGCAGGAAACAGGAAGCUAUGGAGAUGGUCAUGGAUGUUUCUGAUUGUGAAGAUAAUGAUACGAGGGAUAAGGAAUUGGUAAAACCUCAUGAAAAAUCUCAUUUAUAUAUCUCCAAUGCUGAGGUCCAAAUAAGCUCUGGAAGGAUACCAAUCUGGCAAAAUGCAAAGAUAUCUUUCUUUACGAUGAGUCCAAUGGAGGCUAAUAACAUUACUGAAGAUUCAUCUGCUGGGGAAAUUGAAAUAGAAAAACUUCCUGUUCAUGAGGUUGAAAUUAAGCGAAAGGAUCUCCUGCCUGUUUUUAAUCAUUUCCCUGUUGUGCAUUCCAAUUGGGGUGACAGGGCCCUUGUUGGGUCGCAUUCUUCUGUGGAUUCUCAUGAAGCCAAAGAAAACUUUUCAGAAACUUCAGUUAUUUCCCAUGCUAAGUUAGCAUCAACUGGAUCAUUUGAACAAUCAGAUGGACUUUUUGGGGAUUGUUAUUCAUCGAAUCAUCAAUCUGGCAUUCAAGGUAACGGAGAAAAAAGUGGCAGAUUCAUAUUCGCCUUGCGUCUACAGAACCAAAGCUCUACAAACAAAGAUUUAGUUUCAUGCUCUUCCAGACAAUCUACUUCGAAUGUUUCUCAUGAUGAGGACUGUAAUUUUUCAAAUGGACUAUCUACUUUAACAGACAACUCACUGCCUGCUGAUAGAACUAUUUCAAAAGAGGUUCGGUCAUUUGAUGGUGGUGGGCCAACUGAAGGUUCAAACGUGAGUUCCAACCGUUCGGAUUUGACUAUGAACAGUCUUGAUGAGGGGCCAGUACAUGAUUCACUGGAUUUUGAACAGUAUUUUCAAGAGGGCUAUUGUAAAGCAUCUGCUGAGAGUGACUGUCCUGAAUCAACUGAAGUUGUCACCGAUGUGGACAGCAGCAGCAGUCCGUGUGGAGAUAAAUGUGAAGAGGAUGGCGACAAUGAUGACAUGCUUGGUGGUGUAUUUGCUUUCUCUGAGGAAGGAUAAGGUACCCUUUUCUCUGUGCAUAUCCGAACAUGUGAUGAAGUUGUGCAAAUUUUCUGUGUAGGCCUUUGAAAAUGUUUUUAGUGCGGUUGGCCCCUAGUAUGGAGUUUGGACAGAUCUAAUUGGUAUUUCAGGUUUAUUUUCUUUCAACAAUCGAAAUGCUACUUCUGACUGUUUGAUCCAAGAAACGAUAAAUUAAAAAAUUCAUCAAAAAUUGCUGCUCUGGGGCAGCCAACCUUCUUCCCUUUUCUUCUAAUUAAUUCCGUGUAAAUAAUGUAAAUUGAAAAUUCAUAGUAGAAAAAUGUUGUGUGGACGAUGGAUUCACGGAUUCUUUCCUCUAUGCUGUGUAACAUUAUUAUUCAUUCUUCAAAGUAAAGAAAAAAAAAAUAGAAAUAAAAGUGUACGUAUUUUGUCAUCA